AUGUCUGCUUGGAAAUUAUCAUCUAUCUGUAUACCAAAGACGGAUUUGCCGGAAAACACUAUAACGCAUCAAAUCAAAGAAAUCGAUCAGUAUCCUUGGUCGAGUUUAUUUUGGUGUCAUACCAUUAAUCGUGUUCACAAUAAUUAUGAAUCCAUGAAAUAUCUUAACAAGUUUGGCUAUAAUCCUUGUGCGAACUCAUCGAACAAUGUGGCAUGCAGUGUUGACUAUCGAUCGAUGUUACGAGAUUUUCAGAAACAAUAUGGUCUGAAAAUGAGUGGUAUUUUGGAUGAGCUUACCAAAAAUGAAAUGAAUCGACCUCGAUGUGGUCUUCCUGAUACGACACCCGUUGCCUUGCACAGAUGGAUGCCGUCUCAUUCAACAUUAACAUGGUCUUUACGAAGUUAUCCUCGUCAAAUUCAGCAAGGACGAACAAGAGCUAUUAUACAAGAGGCAUUCGACACUUGGGCAUCUCAUAUUCCGCUUCGAUUUAAAGAAACAUGUUCAACAUGCCCAGCGGAUUUCAAAAUCGAGGUUGGAAGUCGUCGUCACAAUGGUUGUGGUGAUCAAUACUCAUUUGAUGGGCAGGGUGGGGUUCUGGCUCAUGCAUAUUAUCCACAAGAUGGCAGAAUUCAUUUUGAUGCAGAUGAAUUUUGGAUAGAUGCAUUUGACAAUUCUGGUGUUAAUUUUUAUUUGGUGGCUGUUCACGAGAUUGGUCAUGCUCUAGGUCUUGACCAUAACAAUGAUCGAGGAUCGAUCAUGUUUCCAGCUUACAACUUACAUCCGCGUAGUAAUAUGCUGCCGAACCGAGAUCGUGAAUCUAUUAAAGCCUUAUAUGGUAGUGUUAAUGGAGAUAACGGUGACUGUGAUGGUAGACGCUGUGGUUGCUAUAAUGGAUAUUGUUGGGCUUAUGUUGAUGCUGCGCAUACUAAUCGAGGUGAUUGGUGGUGUUACACGCAAAAAGCAGGUGUUUCUGGUAAACAAGGAAUAUGGCAAACAUGUUCUAGUGAUUCAGGUUGCUCUUGGGAUCGAACAUGUGGUAGCUGUAAUCAAUAUAAAGGGUUUGAAGAAGAAAAACGAGGUGUUUGUUGA